GGAACCUCCACUACCUUGAAUCAACUUCCACCUUCCAUCCUCCAUCCCCUCUUGCUUCCACUAGAACUUCCUUAUGUCAGCUCGUCGUUACCGAUCUACGGUCGCCUGUCACUCAUGCCGUCAGCGUAAGGUACGAUGCAGCAUCAAUGUUACCGGGGUUCCCUGCAUCCGCUGUGCCCAAGACCAUGCCGAAUGUGUGGUGGACCCUCCCCCGGCUGAGAGUGCCAGGACCAGCCGGCGCAAUGCAUCGGCUCGACAACGGUUACGUGCCGUGAACAGUAGCCCGUCUUUCCGCGGUGCACAGCCCGAAGGGGAUGCAGAUCGCCCGACGAUGCCUCGGACACCGGCCUUUCAAAGAGUCUCAGCAAAUUCACCGCCUGCUUCGGCUUCGGAACGAUACAGCAUCCAGGACGAGGAACGCAACGGUCUCGAGAUUGCAGAGGCCGCUUUGGGCAACCCGGAACGUGCCGGACAGGUUCCUUUUUACACCGGGGAUAAGACUGGAAUAACUUCAACCCUGACGCUCCUUGCUCCGGGAGAAUCUCUACCCCGGCAUUUCCUGAUUCCGUCGCGCGCAGCGACCACACUGUCGGCGGAGGAUCAGAAUUACCUGGCAAGCAAAGGGGUCUUCAAUUUACCGAGCAGUGAAGCAUGCCAUUGCCUGCUUCAGGCAUACUUUCGUCAUGUCCAUACGAUCAUGCCGAUCAUCGAAGCGGAUCAGAUCCUGCACUUCUUUCACGCGGGACGAUUGCAUGAGUUCAAUUUGCUGCUGGUGUGGAGUGUGUUUUUUGUUGCUGUGAAUUUUGUUCCGUCCUCUCUCUGCGAGAGAGAAGGGUACGACUCUCGAAAGGCGAUGAAAGCAGCCAUAUAUUCCCAUGCAAAGUGUCUCUACAACAACAGUGGAGAGCGAGACAAGGUCGUUCUUCUGCAGUCCUCUUUGAUGCUCGGCUUCUGGCACUCCGAAGUAGAUGAACAUGUCCAGCCUUGGUACUGGACUGGAAUAUCCGUGACUCUUUGUCAGAUCCUCGGCCUCCAUCGCAAUCCCGACGCGGCACGUUAUAAUGCAUCGAUCACCGACCGUCAGCGACAUCUCUGGCGUCGCCUCUGGUGGACAUGCUUCUUCCGAGAUCGUUGGCUGAGUUUGACGUUGGGACGGCCGUUACGUAUUGACCUCGAUGACUGCGAUGUGGCCAUGCCGUUAGUGGAAGAUCUUCUGUAUGACCUCAACGAUGUUCCGGAGUUACUUCUAUCCGCCUUCAUACCGGAUGAAGUCUCUCGCCUGGCUGAAUAUUGGAUCCAGUUAAUAGGAAUGAGCAAAUUGCUAGGCGCUGUCCUAUCCAUGAGCUACAAGACAGCCCGUCCGAAACCCUCGCGUGAGGAAGUUGAGACUCUUGAGGAAGAGAUCUGUUGUCAACAACCCCCAGAGAAGGCGUCCCCGGACUGGAAUGGUCCCACGAGAUUCUACCUACAUCACCUCCAAUUGCAUUAUCAAGCAAUCCUCAUCGUCCUAUAUCGACCGUGUAUCACCGACCCGCCGGACGACGUGUCUCUGAAUCACCAGACGCAGUGGCAGGAAAUCAUUCGUCAUAAGGCCGACUUUGCAGCCUCCCGUACCAACGAAAUCCUAGAAACCCUCGCACAGGAGAGUCUGCUUGAAUAUGCCCUUCCUAUGACACCACCUCUACUGAUUCCGGCCAUGCAAAUGCACCUUCUGAACUGUCGAACCGGCAACUCUCUAUCACGGCGUCUCCGGCUCAACAAGCUUAACGUAUGUAUGAUGGUCAUGGAGGAGUUCCAGAAGGUCUACACCGUUGCGUCCAUCUACCGUGGAAUUUUUGCCAAGGCCAUUCAACAAGUCUGCCCCGACCGUCUCGACGAGCAGCCAGACACUUCAGUCUCGAUUUCUGCGGCGGCACCUCUUUCUGCACAGUCCGACGAGGUGACCAAUGCCACGGCUGCUGGCAAUCCGGGACUUGGCAAUGAUAUGGACAAUAUGGUGGAUGCUCUUCUGGACGAAUCGUCGGCCCUCAACUUUUGGGAGACGUGGGGUCAGUUGUGGGUUGGAUAGAGUCGGUCGAACCAGAUUGUAGCGAUUCACACGGGUGAUAGCGUAACGACCUGUAACGACCUGGACCGUCUUCAUUAUGGCCGUUUUACCAGGAUCCUUGCCAAGAUCUAGCUCAAUUUUGCUUGGCGUCGCCCAACCCCAAACCCCGAAGGCCAAGGGAUGACACGAGCCACUGCAUGAGGGGGAAUCCCUCAGCGAAGCUCGGGAUUUCUCCGAUGGAUUCACCCUGGGGAAGCGGGUCGGUGGGCCGGCCCAUCAUUUCAACCCGUUCGUAUUGAGUGGGGUGUCUGGU